GCUGAUCAGGCGUCGGGCAGAAGCAGGAAGCAGGAAACCUUUUAUCGCGGGCAGACACGGAGUAAGAACCAAGGGCCAGCGGUCGGAUAAAACAUUUCUUAAGGAGUUUUGGAAAAGAGAAGAGACUCAGCUUGGGGUCCAAAAUGUAUUUAACCGUCAUUUUUGUCCUCCUGGGGACAGGACUGACGGUAAACUGCGAGAGACACUCCCUCACUUACAUCUACACCGCUCUCUCCAAACCUGUUGGACUCCCUGGCAUCCAUGAGUUCACAGCCAUGGGUAUGCUGGACGGCAGGAUGAUCGACUACUUUGACAGCGACAACCCAAAGAAAGUUCCUAAAGAGAAGUGGAUGAAAGAGAAUCUUCAGCCAGAUUACUGGGAGAAAGGGACACAGUCCCGGCAGAGCAAACAGCAGUGGUUCAAGGUCAACAUCGGGAUCCUGAAGGAACGAAUGAGACAGAACGACUCAGACAUCCAUGUUCUUCAGUGGAUGCACGGCUGUGAAGGCGACGUACUGUCUGAUGGCAACCUGAUGUUCCACCGUGGCAUGGACAUGUACAGCUACGAUGGAAACGACUUCCUGUCCUUCGAUGAUGCUAACUCAGUCUGGGUCGCUCCAACUGACGAGGCAGUCCAGACCAAGAGGAAGUGGGAUGAUGUCCAGGUCCUGAAAGAAUACACCAAAGGCUACCUGGAGAAAGAGUGCAUUGAAUGGCUGAGCAAGUUCAUGAGGUUUGAAAAAGAGCAGCUAAAAGCAGCCUCUAAACCUAAGGUUUACCUGUUUGCAAAGGACUCCAAAGUUAAGGCAAACACCAUUCUGACGUGCCUCGCCACAGGCUUCUACCCAAAAGACAUCAUCCUGAAGAUCAAGAGGGGUGACCGAGUUCUAACUAGAGAGGACGGACUGGUGACCUCGGGCGUUCGACCAAAUGGAGACGACACCUACCAGAGAAGAGACAGCGUGGAGAUUUUAAAGACUGACAAGUCUGAAUACACCUGUGAGGUCAUUCAUGAAGCAUCUGGUGUCUGGGAGAAGAAGGACUGGAAUCCAGAAUCUGAGUCUGGAUGCACAGUUUGCAUUGGUGCCUUGUCAGGAGUCCUGGUUGUGGUUGGUCUUGUGGCUGUGGUGCUGAUUGUCUUGUGGAGACGGGGCUAUAUUGUAAGUGAAUGCAGUAGACCAGAGUCUGGAAGCCAAGGUGGUAACAACCAGAGAACUGUUACAGCCAGUGCUGCCCCUCUCCUGAACACAAACAGUCAAGGUGGCAACAACCUGACAACAGUUACUGUCCUGACAACUGCUACCACCCCUCUCAUGAAAGGAGUCAAUCAAGAUGGUAACAACCUGACAGUCAGUGACAUCCCUGCAGAGAAGAAAGCUUUCCUUAACGGAGCCAAUCAAGGGUCAAACGGGUCCCUUCAAAGUGGUGUUUCUGGUGGUUCUGGUGGUUCUGGUGGAUCUGGUGGUUCUGGUGGAUCUGGUGGAUCUGGUUCUGCUGACUCUGGUGUUGGAGGUGAAAAUUCAGACAAGAACUCCAACCCUGAGCAGAAUUGAAGUGGUGCAGACAAGGUCUGAAGUCUCCACAGAUACAAACCAAUCUACCAGUAAAAAAAGACACUUACCUCUGAUCAGAGGAAAAAAACAGGAUUUUGAAUAUUGGAAGAAAACAUAUGUAAUGACACAUUAAAAACAAUGUGGACAAGAAUAUGCCGAAAAAAAGAAACUGCUUUUUGGUUUAAUUUUGAAGAAGUAAACAAAGCAGUGUGAGUUAAAGAGUUUAAAUUUACAGACCAAUGUAGAAACAGAUUUGAUUUGAUUUGAUUCUCACUCUGUAGCUUAGAAAACAAAUCGACCACCUUUUUUUUUUAGUUGAAUAAACACAUGCAGGUCAUUCAUGGUCAAAUCAGACAGAGUCCAGGAACUGGUCACAUUUUUAUGUGAAGUUUGUCUGCAUGAUGUUUGGAUCCUAAAACUAAUAUUUCAGUUCAGUUCCUCUGAUAUUUUAUUUUUUACACUCUCAGAAACACUUUAUCUGUGAAUAUCUUGAAAAGUUUCAUUGCUACUGUCACAAACUCUGUAGGAUGUCCAAACAUGUUCUCAGUUUGACUGAAACAUCAACAGUUUGUUCUGCAGCCUGGUGAUUUUCUCUAAGGACCUGGAUUUAGAGGUGCAGGAUUUCUAAACCAGAGUCAUAUUUAAGGUGAUACAAACACGUUGUUUUGCAGCCAGAUGAAAUCAGUCAUGAUUUUUUAAACUACAAUCUGUUGAUAAUGUUGUGCUGACAGGUCUCUACCACUGACGAACAUGAAGAUAUUCAGAGUAAAACCAGGUGUGGAGGCAUUUUUCACUCAUUUUCAGACCAGGAUGGUCUGUGGUGGAGCAUCAUGAAAUAUAUGUGGAAAUACUUUGAUGUGGUUUUUUAGUGAACAAAGAAUCAAAGUCCUUCCUUGUUCCCUUCAUAGAUAAAAACAUACAGUUAAAGGAUUGUUUUAUAUGGAAACUCUUUCCAACAUGCUGAUGAAAAAAGAUCCUGUGAAAUCAUCAGGAUGAGAAACUUUCUCCAAAUAAUCACUUAGUGUCUCGUUGCUUUUGUUAUUAUUUAGAGAAAGUUUCUCAUCUUUGUGACUCACAGGAUCCUUUAGUUUCAUCACAGUGUUGGAAAUGUUCUUCCAUCUGAAACAAGCCCUUUACCUGUGUGUUUAUCUGAGAGGAGAACAUGGAAGAUCUUUGACUCUUUGUUCACUGAACAACCAAACAUAAAGCUACUUCCACAUUUUCCUGUUCCUACAGCUACAGCACAGACCAUCCUGGUCCUCUGAAUAGCCUCCAUGACUGGUCUUACUCUUAAAACCUUCAUGUUCAUCAGUGGUAGAGACCUCAGAUAUCAGCACAGACUUAAUAACAGAUUUUAUGUCAAGAAAAACAUUGAUUUCAUCUGGGUUAAAAAAUGUGUUUGUUUUCUCUUAAGUAUGACUGUGGUUUAGGAAUACUGCACUUCUCAAUCCAGGUCCUUUUAGAAAAUCAACAGGCUGCAGAACAGACUUGAUGUUUCAGUCAAACUGAGAACAUGUUUGUCCUCCUGUCAGAAACAAAACUUUCAAAGAUAUUAAUGAUCAAACAUGUCUUCACAGAGAAGGUGUUUCUGAGGUGGUAAACAACAUGAAAACACAGGAUUUGAACAGAAAUAUUUACCAUAAUAUUAACCCAGAGUGAAACAUACAUGAUGAUUUUUAAAUAUGAACGUGAAGGUCAUGGUAGGGGAACUCAACAGUGUUAUUGUUGUAAAUAACUGAGCUUUGUCAGAGUGAAGAGACUGUGGGUCAGGUGGAGGGUAGAAAGGUGCAGCUGGUUUGACUUCACACUGUCACUUUGCUGAAAGAGUUUCUCUAAUGAACUCAGGGAGGGAUGGGAAAAAGAAAAUAUGUGAUGAUCCAGUUUGAUUCUUUGUAUAUAGAUGAAUUUUUACAGAUGCCUUAAAGAAAUCCAUGUGAUCUGAAUUUAAAAAACAGAAAAGAUUGAAAAGAAAGAGUUGAUAACACCAAAGUGGUCACUGGUUCCUUUGCUUCCUUUAAUCCAUGAACAGAUGUGGAAUCUGGUUGUUUUGGAUCAUGUACAUUGUAAUUAAAAAUCAGAUUUUUAUAGAAUGUGUCAACGUAGUGACGGACAUGACUGGUUUUAUGCAUAUAAUACUCUGUUCUCUGCACAUUUAUAUUUUUAAUGAACCCCUAAAAUUCAUUUUCUGUUUGCUGAAUAUGAGUUAAUGUGUGAGUUUAUAGAACGAGGUGAUAUUAUAAGAUGUUCUGAUAGAGAAACAAUCCAGGCCUGUUAAUGACAGUAAACCAUAGGAAUUUAAUCACAUUUGACUCCAGAUGAAAUUAAUUCUGUUUGUAAAACAAAGAAAGUUUGUCUGUUUCUAAUAUCUGGUUUCUGAAUGCAUUAAAUUAUCCUGAUGUGAUAUCAUGUGGUACAUAUAGAUAUAUACCUGUUUUUAUUUUCUGUUUUAAAAUGAUAGCUUUGAUCUUGGGCUCUCAUAAAAUGACAAAUAUUUAAGUAUUGUUUAAUGUGUUUUUAACAGUGACAUUUGCACUUUGAAUUAUAAUACCUUUAGAAAAAAAAGACACUUAAUCAGGGUCAGAUUGUCAGUUGAUGAAAUCACUUGUAAAAUGUUUGUUUCUUUUUAAACGUGGAAGCUAAAACUCAGCUCCUGUUUGUCUUCUAACUCAUCAUAUAUCAUCUUUUAUGUUUCUGUUUGAAUCAUGUCUUACUUUAUUAAAUAAAGGCAGUAAGUGUGUGUGAUAACCUUUA